GGUGAAGUUUUCCAUUUCAAAUCCUUGAGGGACUGAAUGAACUGCGGCGAGCACAGGGAGGAUUGAUUUCCAAACGAAGGGUUAUACUUUAGAGUAUGUAAUGUAGCAAGUUGGUCACUACUUUAACGUUGUCGCCGAGGACUAUGAUUUAAGUCAAACGUUUGAGCAACCGAAAUGCUGUCGGGGAAUGAAUAGUGGGCAGCGACCACCAGCAGCGCACUUUCAGACAGAUUUGGAGAGGAGGAAGAGGAGGAGGAACAUGAUAUGCUGAUGACAUCACAUCCUGUGGCACAGGUGACACGCUGAGGCAGACGGCAUGGACACGAGCCUGCUGAUUGGUUGGCAGGAGGAGCGGACGGAGCUGAGAACGGAGGUCUCUCGGUUGGAGGAGGAGCUUGCGGAGAGCAGAGCUGAUAGGCUGGAACUGGAGUCACGCGCACAAGCCCUCACCGAGAGACUGGCCCAGUCCCUGGAGCCGUCCCUGAGCCAGUCGUCUCUGCAUGGUGACCAUGACACUGGAGACUGGAGGAGGAGGCUGAGGGAGAGCAGGGACCGCGAGACGCGCCAAGCACUUCUCAUACACAAACUACAGAACAAGGUACUUGAGUAUCGUACGAGGUGCCAGCGCCUGGAACAGCAUACACAAGAGGAGGAGAACCAGACAAGACUGAGAGAGAAGAGGCUGCGUGAUGAGCACAGUGAUUCUCUGGAGAGCGCCCUCAUCAGGCUGGAGGAGGAACAGCAGAGGAGUGUGGGCCUGGUGGAGGUGAAUACUCUGCUCCGCAGUGAGCUCGGCCAGUCAUCGGAGGCCAGCCAAUCCCUGAGGGAGGACCUCCGCAAGCUGACUGCUGAUUGGUCGAGGGCCGUAGAGGAGGCGGCGCAGAGGGAGUCGGAGUGGCGCAAGGAGAAAGAGCUCCUGAGAGGGCAGCAGGGUGAGGAACAGGCUCGACUGAUGACGUUAUGGGGACGAGUGGUGACCCUGCGACGACACUGCAACACCGUCAAGACUGCCACCGACAAGGACCUGUGGGAGCUGAGGGCUGAGUUCUCCCGUCUCUCCUCUUCUCUCCUCACCUCAUGUGUGAGUGCCACCAUGCGACCACCUCCUUCUCCUCUUCCUCUUCUUCCUCCUCCUACCCCCACCUCCUCUGCACCUCCCCUCUCUGCUAACACCUCCCCCGGCACAGGGGAACAGGAGCGCAGGGAGAGAGAGAAGGAGAGAGAAAGAGAGAUGGAUGAGGUGAGAGAGAAACACCAGACAGAGACACAGGAGCUACAUGGCAGGAUUGCUGAGCUGAGCGAGAGACUGAGUGAGCGGAACGCGGAGAUGGAGAGAGUUCUGGAGGAGAGCAGGAAGAGAGAGAGUGAAGAGAGGCAGAGAGAGGAGGAGAGCGAGAGAGAGUGGCAGAGGAGCCGCGCGAUGGAGAGAAACCUGCAGUCUGUACAGGAGGCGCUCACCAAACUGUCGCGUGUAUUGAGUGUGCGUAGGUUGAGUGGUGCUGGCGACGCCCCCAGUGUACUGAGUGAGGCGGGAGGGGAAGAGAAGAGCCUUCCACCUCUACUGUCAGUCAUCGCACACGCAGAGAGCGCCCUCCUCAGCUCACACCAGGAACUGCAGGAGGCGGAGGUGAGUGUGAGGCGUGUGUGUCAGGAGAGAGAGGCCUUGGAGAGACGAGUCACCCAGUUACAGACGGACGCAGACGAACAACACACACACACACUGCAGACCACACAACAGCUGCAACACACACACCAGCUGCUGCAGAGUGAGAAGGAGGUGGUUGUGUGUGUGCGUGCUCAGCUGGAGGAGUCAGAGCGCCAUCUGGUGGAGUUGAGGCGGGACAACGAGACGCUGCGACGCCAGAGAGACAGAGAGGAGGAGCAGAGGAGAGAUGCGGAACUACAGCUGCACACACGUCUUCAGAGCGAGGCAGAGGAGAGUGCUCGCGUGUGUGAGCGCGAGUCUCGCGGCCGCAUGGAGCUGCACAGCCUCAAGGGGGAGCUGGAGAGAGAACAACUGCACCGCACGCGCUCAGAAGAGGAGGCAGCGCAGCACAGGGACGCACUGCUCAAGGAGCGUGAGCGUGUGCGUGCGUUGUGUUCCAGUGAGACGUUGCUAAGGAGAGAGCUGGCGGAGACACGAGACUCACUAGCCAAGAUGGCCGCCCUCAACCAGGCCCUCGCAGAGGACAAGACACAACUACACACACGCACACUACAGCUGGAGACUGAGAUCGCGGAGGCUCAUGCACAGCUCCAGGGCCUGGGGUCAGAGGUCACAACCUUGCGCAGAGAACUCAAGUUCAUGAGCCAGGAGACCACGCAGCUGAGUGAGAGCCGUGCGUCUGAGCUUGACUCCCUACAGCAGUGGGAGGAGCGGGGGAGAGACCUGCAGACCCAGCUGGAGGAGCUGAAGCAGGAGAGGGAGAGAGAGACCAGCACACACACACAGCAGAGAGAACACGACACACACACCAUACAGGAGCUCUCCACCCUGCAUGGUGGUGUGUGUGAGGAGCUGCGCGUGUGUCGUGCGGAGCUGAGGCUCUGCCAGGAGGAGGUGCGCAGGAGAGAGGGGGAGCAGGAGGAGACGCAGAGGGAGAGGAGCAGACUGGAGGCCAACAUACACACACUCCAGCAGGACACACACACACUGCAGCAGGAGCACCAGGAGCUCAGAUGUACAAAUGAGUCUCUUCAGAAGCAGCUAAGCUCCGCCCAGUCGCACAGCUCAGAACUACAGACGGAGAACGGACAACUACACACACAACUACACACACUUCAGCAGACCAAAGACACACUCAGAGGGGAGCUGCAGUGUGUGCGUGAGGAGCUGGAGAGACAACAGCAGCUGAUGGAGGAGGAGGUGAAGAGGAGACGCAGUGAGGAGCAGCAACACCAGGGGGAGCUGGAGAGCACGCAGCAGGAGGUGUCGCGCUCACAGCAGCGCGUGCAGAAGGAGGUGCAGGAGCGUAGAGAGGAGACGCAGAGAUGGCAAAAGGAGAGGGAGGCACUCAACGCAGAACUGGGAGCCAGGGACGCCGAGGUGCAGGUCCUGCGUGGGCGUGCGGAGGGGCUGGCUAAGGAGAAAGAGGAGCUGUGCUCCCUGCUGCAGGAGAGGGGGAGAGAGCUGGAGGAGGUGCGGGGCCUUCUGAGUGCGGAGCAGCAGAGGGGGAGAGCAGCCAGAGAGGAGACGCAGAGGUGGAGGAGCACAGCAGAGGAGGCACACAGGAGGCACCAGGAGCUGACACAGCAGCUGGAGGAGGUGCGCGUGGAGGAGGCCACGGCGAGGAGAGCCACGGAGCAGGACAGAGACGCAACAACCCUGCUCCUCAAGAAGAGAGAGGAUGAGCUGAAAGACGAGAGGAGAAGAACACAGGCUCUAGAAGAUGAGGUGGAGGAGAGCAAAGAGGAGGUGAAGAAGCAGAGGAGCAGAGUGCAGGCCCUGGAAGAGGAGGUGGAGGAGAGGAAUGAAAAGGCGACACAGUUGAGAAGCAGAGGGCAGGCUUUGGAAGAGGAGGUACAGGAGAGAAAAGAGGAGGUGAAGGAGCAGAGGAGAAGAGCCGAAGCUCUAGAAGAGGAGGUGGAGGACAGGAAAGGGGAGGUGCUGGAGGAGAGGAGACGAGCGCAGGCCCUGCAAGAGGAGGUGGAGCGGCUACAACAGGAGGUGCAAGAGAGGACAGAGGAAGUGGAGGAGAAGAGGAACAGAGCGGAGGCCUUGGAAGAGGAGCUGGAGGAGGUGAAGAGCAGAGUCCAGUCCCUGGAAGAGGAGGUGGAUGAGAAGAAGGAGGAGGUGAAACUGUUGAGGAGCAGAGCACAGAUCUUGGAAGAGGAGUUGGACGAGGUGAAGAGCACAGUCCGAUCCCUGGAGGAGGAGGUGCAGGAGAUGAGGGAGGCCCUGGAGGAGCAGCAGGAGCAGAACCAGCAGCUGAGAGACAAGGAGCGAGCGAGGAGGGCGGAGGAGGAGAGGAGGCAGAGGAGGAGGGAGUCGGAGGACAGGCAGCGGGAGGAGAGACACAGGGAGGAGCUGGCCGCCAAGGAGUCAGAGAUCCAGGCCCUCUGCGAGGAAGUGGAGGAGACGCGGCGGGAGGAGAAGGAGGAGAGGGAGACAGAGCUGGUCAGGACCCGGGCUAAGAUGGCCGCAGAGGAGCGCCACUGGGAGCAGAGGCUGCGAGAGGAGAGGGAGGAGGAGGUGCAGAAGGGGAGGAGACGCGUGGAGGAGGUGACGCAGCAGCUGGAGAGGGAGAGCGAGGGAGCGCGUGCUGUGGAGGAAGAGAGGGAACGCCUGAGUGAGGCCCUGCGGAGGACCCAGAUCGAGCUGAGGGAGCGAGAGGAGGAGGCGGAGGAGCUGAGGAGGAGCGUGAGUCUCCUGGAGUCCGACCGGGAGAGGCUGGAGGAGACGCAGAGGAGCAAGGAGGUGACCGAGGGACAGCUACUCCUGCUGCAGGAGCAGGUCACACAGCUGCGCGACAGGGAGCGUGAGAAACGCAAGGAGGAGGAGAGGAGGCAGGCGGAGGGGAGGGAGAAGGAGAGGAGGAGGGAGGAGGACAGGAGAGAGGAGGACAAGAGGAGGGAGAGGGAGAGAGAGGAGGAGAGGGAGAAGGAGAGGAAGUUGCGGGAGGAGCUGCGGAGGACUGAAGGGGAGGUGCAGGCCCUCCGUUUGCAGGUGAAGGAGCUGGAGAGGGAGAGGGAGGAGGUGGAAUCACAGCUGGAGAAGGAGAGAGAGGAGGUGGGCAGGCUACAAAGCAACUUUACCGCCGAACAGAAGCUCCUGGAGGCCGGUGUGAGGGAGGGCAGAGAGGAGGCACAGAGAUGGAAGGAGAGAGCGACGCGGGCGGAGAGAGAGAGGGAUGAAACGGAGGAGAAGAGGAGGAGGCAGGAAAUGGAGGAGAGGCGCAGAGAAGGAGCGAUGAGAGGAGAGCUGGAGGAAAAGGAAGAGGAGCUCAAGGGACUUCAGGCGAGGAUGGAAAGAGCGGAGAGACAGAGGGAAGAGCAGAGGAAGAGAGAAGAAGAGCAGAGGAGGAGAGAAGAAGAGGAGAGGAAGAGAGACAAGGAGGAGCACGAGGAGGCCUUGAGGAGUCAGGGUCAACUCCUCAGGGAGAGGGAGGAGGAGGUGCGAACCAUCAGAAGGAGCCUCCAGAGUGAACAGCAGGAGGUCUCGACUCUGAGAGAAAGCCUCCAUGCUGAGCAAGAGGAGGUCUCGACUCUGAGAGAAAACCUCCGCGCUGAGCAAGAGGAGGUACGGACAUUGACAGAAAACCUCCGCAGCCAUCAAGAGGAGGUGCGGACCAUCAGAAAUGGCCUGAACAGCGAGCAGAGGGAGGUGCUGACCCUGACAGGAAGCCUCCAGAGAAAGAAAGAGGAGGUGGAGAGCUUGAAAGAGAGUCUCCGCGAUCAGCAAGAGGAGGUGCGCUUCUUGACCGAAAGCCUCCAGAGUGAGAGGAAGGAGGUGCAGACCUUGAGGGAGAACCUCUACAACGAGCAAGAGGAGGUGGUGACGCUGACAGAAAGCCUCCGCAGUGAACAAGAGGAGGUGCGAGCCCUGAGAGAAAGCCUCCGCAAUCGGCAAGAGGAGGUGGUGACCAUCAGAAACAGCCUGAACACUGAGCAGAGGGAGGUGAUGACAUUAAGAGAAAGCCUCCAAACUAAGCAAGAGGAGGUGCUGACAUUGAGAGAAAGCCUCCAGAGUAAGCAAGAGGAGGUGCUGACGCUCCGCAGCGAGCAGGAGGAGGCCGUCUCUAGGCAGCAGCAUCUGGAGGAGGAGUCUGCCCAGCUGAGAGGCCGGCUGCAGCAGCUCCAGGGGGCGGAGACAGAACUCUGCCUCAAACUCCAGGAGGCGGAGCUGGAGCUGCAGCAGCAACGUGAUUCUCUGAGGCAGGCUGGGGUGGAGAUCGAGGCUCAGAAGCAGGAAGUGCUGAGUGCUCAGGCUGAGGCGGCGGAGGAGACGGAGAGAGCGAGGGAGGAGGCGGAGGAGUGCAGAGAGAGACUGCAGGAGGAGAUCCGGGCUCUGCAGCAACGCGUCACCCAACAGGCCCAGGUGCUGGAGCUGUCGUCACAGCAACUAGCGGAAACGGAGGAGGAGUUAAGAGACGUCACCGCUCAAUUAGAGGACGCCUCCCAGGAAACAGAGCGCAUGAGAGAGAGGCUGGCCUCCAGGGAGGAGGAGGUGGAGCGCCUGACCUCCCAGCUGCAGGAGGAGAAAGAGGAGGUGGAGAGGAGCAGGGCCCAGCUACAGGAGCUGGAGACAGGACAGCGCUCCCUGGUGGAGGAGAGAAGCACGCGUGUUGCCAGGCUGGGCAGGGAGGUGACGGAGCUGUCGGAGCAGAGGGACCUCCUCUCGGCCGAGCUGCGCCGUAAGGAGAGGGAGGCCGGCGCUCUGAGGGAGGAGGCGCAGAAGGAGAGGAGAGAGAAGGAGCGGCUGGCCUCCUCUCUUAGACAGCGGGAGGAGGAACUGAGGGAGGCCGAGGAGAGGAGAGAGGAGCACACAAAGGAGCUCAGAGAGGAGACGCACAGGGAGAGGAGGGAGAAGGAGAGAUUGGCCUCCUCGCUGCGGAGGAGAGAACAGGAGCUGAGCCAGGCCCAGGAGAGGAGGGACGGAGACGUGGAGGAGCUGAGGGAGGAGAAGGAGGCCGAGCUGAGUCUGCUGAGAGAGGAGGCGCAGAGGGAGAGGAGGGAGAAGGAGAAACUGGCGUCUUCGCUGAGGCAGCGAGAGGAGGAACUCAGAGAAGUGAAGGAGGCCGAGGAGAGGAGAGAGGAGGACGCAAAGGAGCUGAGAGAGGAGGUGCAGAGGGAGAGGAGGGAGAAGGAGCGACUGGUGUCUUCGCUGAGGCAGCGAGAGGAGGAACUGAAGGAGGCAGAGGAGAGGAGAGAGGAGGACAAAAAGGCGCUGAGAGAGGAGGUGCAGAGGGAGAGGAGGGAGAAGGAGCGACUGGUGUCUUCGCUGAGGCAGCGAGAGGAGGAGCUGAGGGAGGCCAAAGAGGCCGAGGAGAGGAGAGAGGAGGAGCUGCUGCAGAGAGUGCAGAGGGAGAAACGUGAGCGAGACAAGCUGGCCUCCUCACUCCUCAGACGGGAGGAGGAGGCGCGACAGAGGAGGGAGCAGACGGAGGCAGAGCUGAGCGCGCUCAGAGAGGAGGUGGCCAGGGAGGCCCGCGCCAGGGAGCGAGCAUGCAGGGAGUCCAGCAGCCUCAAGCAGGAAGUACGGGAGAGAGAGGCGGAGUCUAACAGCCUCAAGCAGGAAGUAACCGAGCGAGAGGCGGAACUGAGCGCGCUUGCAGCCCUCAAACAGAAAGUACGCGACAGAGAGGUGGAGUGUAACAGCCUCAAACAGGAAGUACGCGAGCGCGAGUCGGAACUGAACGCUCUCCGAGAGGAGUCACGGCAGAGGAGCGGCAUGGCCGAGUUUCAACUAGCAGCCCUCAAGCAGGAAGUGCAUGACCGAGAGGCGGAGUCUAACUCCCUCAAACAGGAAGUCCGCGAGAGAGAGGCCGAGCUCGUCGCCCUUCGAGAGGAGUCGCAGCGGAGGCGGGAGGCGCGCGAGGCUGAGGUGAACGCGCUGAAGAAGGAGGCGCGGGAGCGCGGGGAGGAGAGCCAGAGGACGAGGCAGGGCCUGCAGCAGAGCCUGCGCGAGAUGGCCGAGCUCAAACACCUCCUGCAGGAGAGCCACGCCGAGGGGGAGCACCUCCGCACCUUGCUCCUCCAGCGCAGAGACGAGCUGCUCAGGGGAGGUGGAGGAGGGAAGGAGGAGGAGGACGAGAGGAGGAGGAGGAAGCUGACGGAGCUCCAGGCGGAGCUGGGGCAGAAGGAGACGCAGCUGAGGGCUGCCCAGCAGGAGGUGUCCCGUCUCAGGCAGAGGGAGGGCGAGGUGGAGGGGGAGCUGAGGAGGAGCAAGGCGCGCCUGCAGCAGCUGGAGGAGGAGGUGGAGGCGCAGAAGAGCGAUGUGGAGGAACGCGUAAAGGAGCGCGCCAGGGAGGCGGAGGAGAGGGUGGGGAGGGAGAGGGAGGAGAGGAGGAGCGAGGUGCGGCGCUGGGAGGAGAAGAUCGCCACGCUGCGGAGACAGGGGGAGGAGGAGGAGAGGAGACGCAGGGAGGAGAGGGAGCUCACCGUGGCCAGGCUGGCGGAGAAGGAGCGCGAGGUGGAGCGCAUGAGGGAGAGAAUGGAGGAGGCGGAGCGGAGGAGAGGAAGGCUGGAGGAGACGGCGGAGGAAUGCGGCAGGAGGGCGGAGGAGGCCACGCGGGCCCUGGAGGAGAGAGAGAGGGAGCUGGCGAGAGAGAGAGAGAGGGCAGAACGAGUGCGGCGCGAGAAGGACACGCUGCUGGAGGAGGUGCAGGAGAGAGCGAGGGAUGAGGAGAGGCUGAGAGGAGAGGUGCAUCGCCUGGAGAGAGAGAGGGACAAGGAGCAGGAGAAGGAGGGAGAGAGAUGGACAGAAGAUAAUGAUGAUGAUGAUAUGCGCCUGUGGAGGACAAGAGCAGAGAGGCUUGAACUAGAGUUGCAGCAACUGAGGAGAGAGAGAGAACCAGAGAAAGAGAGGGACGAAGAAGAAGACGAAAAUGAAGAAGAGAAGAGAGAGGAGGAUGGUGGCGAACGGGAGCGUCUGAAGGAGCGCGUGUCCACCUUGCUGCUGGAGAGGGAGGAGAGCAGGGAGGCGCUGAGGAGGACACAGGAGGAGGUGCAUGAGCUUCAGGGGCGGAGCCAGGAGCUGGCCAAUGACAGGGACCGUAUAAGGACCGCCCUCGAGAAGACAGAGGCCGCCCUGAUUGGCUACCAGCAAAGGGUGCGGCAGAUGGAGACCAAUGGCAGAAGAGGGAGGGUGGAGCCUGGUCAUCAGGACCCGGACGCUGUCGUGGUGUUGCAGGACGCUGGUCUGGAUUCCAGCGCGUGUGUGUCUGACGCCGCCACUGAGAGUGUGUGUGUGUCUGACGGCGCGGGUGCGAGUACGAGUGUGUCCAACGGUGUGAGUGGGAGUGAGGCGGGGGGUCGUCUGGGCGCCAUGCAGAGAGCUGUGGCCCAGCUGGAGCUGGAGAUGAAGAGGCUGCAGAACCGCAACGCACACCUGGAGACACGCAUACAGAGGCUACGCACCGAGAGACACACACUACGACACACGCUACGACAGCACCUGGAGACGCGCAUACAGAGGCUACGCACCGAGAGACACACACUACGACACACGCUACGACAGGUUGAGGAGGAGAGAGGCCGACUGCAGAAGCUUUCACAGUCUAGCACUCAGGAGGAUGGCGUGUCGGACAGUAGAGGAGAUGUGGAGGCCUUGAGAGCUCGUGCUGCCGAGCUGGAGGACCAGGUGCACCACUUGCGUCUGGUGUUGGCCCUGGACCAGCGCGAGAGGUCAGAGUUCAUCCAGCGCUCCCAGCAGAACCACCUGCGGCUGGAGGCCCUCCGCCUCGAGCUCAACCAAUCCCUGGCCACCGUCUCCCAGCAGCCAGUCAGCGCUGUGCUCGAGUCAGAGGCGCAGCGAUUGGACAGGAGCAUCAGGGAGGAGGAGAUGCGGCUCUCUCUUAGCCAAUCCUGAGGAGGGAGGGAGGAGAUGGGGUCAGGGUGGGAGGUGUAAUUUGCAGACUUGCCAGUCAGUCUGUAGCGUUUACCGUCUUGUAAAUCUUCAUGUUGCCAUUUCUGUUGUUUGUAAAAUGUUACAUUAUCUUAAUGUUUGUUUUUAUAAUGUAUGUCGUUAUGUAGAAUAACUCAGGGUGAAUUCAUGUGAAUUCUCUAAAAGCACAAAGACAAAUAUGUGUUCUAUUUCAUGAACUUAUAUUUAUUCUGUCAUAUUUAUUGUUUUUGCAACAAUAGAUUAUCAACGCCGUUCCAGUGUUUUGUGAUUUAUUUUCUUUUUUGUUGUUUUUUUACUUGCACAAAUAGCUAACUGUGUACCUAUUAAGCUUAAUACAUUCCAAGGUUUUGGACAGUUUCUGCCUAUUACUAUCAAGUGCACUAUAUUUGUGUUCUUUAAGUAUUCUGUUAUUUAUUUUACAAAGCAUGUUAUAUAUUAACAUUCAGUGUGUUGUUGUUUUUUACUGAAAUUAUAAACAAAUUAAAAACCUUUACUUUUUA